AUGGGUUCUUGUAAUUCUUGCAAUAAUUGUGAAUAAACACCCUCCAACAAUGAAUUAGAUAAAGAUAAGAAUUCUAAUCAAUUAGUUAAGAUAAAAUAAUAAAUGAAAGAUACCUCUUUCAAAACAAAAAAUGAUUACGAGGAUUAUCUAGUAGCAGAUGAAGUAGCUCUAGAAAAUAGUUCUUAACUUCCAAUCUUUGUGAAAGAAAAGGAAAUAAGAGAAAAUUUAGUAUAAGAAAGAAUGAAUAGAUUCAUAAAAGAUAUUGAAGAGGAAGUAAAAUAUCGAAUUAAAUAGAUGUAGAUUAUAUACAUCAUUUGCUAGAUAAUAAGAAGAUUAGGCUUGUUAUUAAGUGUCAUUAUCUAAAUCAGUUUGUCAUAAGACUUUGAAAAACUAAUAAUAACAUUCAGCUGAAUUCAACUGUACUAAUUUCAACCAUUCUAUUUCAUUUGAAAAUACUUAAAACCUCUAAACACUACGUUAAAUUCCUUCUUCAACGUAUCUUCCAAAAUAAUACUCGUAGUUUGCCCCUAGAAAAGAUACUGAAACUGUUACUUAAAAUUCUUAAAUAAGUCAAACAAUUAAUUCUAUAAGAUUAAAAACUUCAAAAAAUUAAAAUAAAAUUACAUCUAAUCUCAAAGAAGAUCUUAAAAGUAUUUAUGCUAACUGUGGUAGCUUAAAUGAAAGUUAAGAUAAUUCUGCUUCAUAUAGCAUCAAAUACAGUGAUUGCUAAUCUGGAAAAUUUUCUAGUUGUGCUAGCAAAAAAUAGAGUGCAAGGAGUAUUUUGAAAAGUGAUUAAAGGCUUUCAAAUUUAUAAAGAAAUUCUUCCUUAAAAUCAACUUAGACAAAUUAAAGGUAGAAAAAAGUAUCCUUUUCAUAAGAUACAUAUUACUAUACUUCAAGAACCCUAAAAAGAAAUCCUACUACAUUGUUACAUCGUUGA